GGUCCCCAAGAUGGCGAUGCUGGCGGAGCCCCGUAGAAAGCAGAAGUGGUCUGUGGAUCCACGGAAUAGUGCUUGGAGUAAAGAUGAAUCUAAAUUUGGCCAGAAGAUGCUGGAAAAGAUGGGCUGGUCUAAAGGAAAGGGCCUUGGGGCUCAGGAACAAGGAAAUACAGAACACAUCAAGGUUCAGGUGAAAAACAACACACUGGGGUUAGGAGCAACCAUCAAUCAUGAGGACAACUGGAUUGCUCAUCAGGAUGACUUCAACCAGCUUCUGGCUCAGCUGAAUGAUUGUCAUGGACAGGGUGAAACAGAGUCCCCAGUGAAUAAUCAGAAGACCUUCAGUCUAGAAGAAAAAUCCAAAUCUUCCAAGAAACGUGUCCACUAUAUGAAGUUUGCAAAAGGUAAAGAUCUGUCCUUGAGAAGUGCAGAUGAUCUCUCCUGCAUAUUUGGGAAGCGACAGAAGAGUCUCAAGGCACAGGAGGAUAUGACUGAUCCUGAGUCUCAGGAAGGGAAGAAGAGAAGCCCCUGGCUAGCUGAGCCUGCAGAUGGCUACAAUACAGUGAAGAGUGUUCUCACAGUACAGGAAUAUUUUGCCAAGCGCAUGGCAAAGCUGAAAGGAUCCCAGGAUGAAACAGAAACCAAGGUGGAAAAUUCCUGCCCAACAGCUGAUGAAGCUUUGGAGCCUUCAGAUGAACUGAAAACCAAAGUCAAAAAGAAAAAGAAGAAGCAGAAGAGGGAUGAGGCAGAGAGUGCAGAGCAAUGCGAGAAACCAGAAGUGGAACAACUAAAAAUAGGUGGCUUGAAAGGCAAGGGACUGGGUGGUCCCUUAAAGGAGUGUUGCCCAGGGAAAAAGAAAAGGAAACAUAAAGAGCAGCCUGAAGAGGAAACCAAUAACUGUGAUGAAAAUAUGGGCACUGGUGAAAUUUAUAUGGGAAUAUCUGAUGGGGAAGAACUGGGUGUAAAGGACUAUGAGGCAAAGCAAAAGAAAUGCCACAAGAAGAAACACAAAAGGCAAAAAGAGGAGACAGAUGAGUGUAUAGAAGGAGCACAGAGAAAGAAAAAGAAGCACUGCAAGCACAUUUAACCAUUUAAGAGUCACACCAGGGUGAUUUGAACUUUAUCAGGGUUGAGGAGAAGCAGUAAACACACCAGCCAGACAUCGUGAUGUGCUCUGCUCUUGAAUGCACUGCUCUACCUCCAGCUGAAACCACAGCCUGUGUUCAUACAUAGCUCUUCCAAGGGAGAACAGGGUCACAAGCCACCCUGAGCUUCAGUGCCACCUAAAAAAGGUCUUGUGUAUCUGCAGAGCAAGACUAGGUAAAAACCAGUUUGGCUUUGCUCCUUCCAGUGUGGCAGAUGUUGAGCUCAGUGGCUUUGCAAGAGCAAUGUUUGGACUCAUGCUGCCUUCAGCCCACAUUCCCUCUGGUGCAACUCCACUCAAGUCAGGUAACAGCAAGCCAAACCAGGCCUGGUUUCAACUGUGGUUAGGACUCUGACAGCCAGUGAAUUACUAUCUACUGCUUCACCCUUCUCUACUGCCUUUCUUAUUAAAUCUCCCUUUUUCACUUCUGAUAGCCCAGCUCCCCUCCUGGACACAGGAGGGGGUUUGCAAAGCUCUGUGUAUAAUUCUCACUGACUUUUGCUAAGUCCUCUUUAAUUUUUUCAUUGAUCUCCUUUUUACAGAUAAAGUGAAUGUUGUUUCUUCCCCAAAUACGUAGCCUAAUUAAAGGUUUAUA